CAAGCGGGUAUGCUGGAGGGUCAUUACAGUCAACAAAUAAUAGACACACUCACGAAACCCACACUGACCGUGGCCGAAAUCGAUAAAUUCACGAAGGAUUAUAUUCAGAUGCAGCAAGAUAAAGCAUCGUACUAUUUGAUGAAAAUGUUUCUAGUGGCUCCAUCGCACUAUUUGCACUGA